ACUGCCUAAUCGGAAGCCAGCUUCAGCGUCGUUCUAGGUCGUCCUCCUCCUGCAUGCUGCUUUUGUACCUUUGUGGCUCCCGGUGAACCGUUUGUUUGUUUUUUGCUUGUAUAGCUACGCUACCCUAAGUCGCUCUGGUUUGGAUAAACGUUUCUUGACAGAAAAAAACAGGAGACAAUCUGCAUUUUGAAGUCAUACGACACAUAUUUCAACAAAGUCGUUGCACCGCUCGCUCGGAAAAUCCAAAGAGUGCACGACACGACUUCCCAAAACAGCACACGGCGCGCACAGUGAUGACGCUGCACAGUUCGCCUGACGACAAACAAACAUGGAGGAGUAUGCCCGUGAACCUUGUCCCUGGAGGAUAGUGGAUGACUGUGGCGGUGCUUUCACCAUGGGUGCAAUUGGAGGAGGGGUGUUCCAGGCAAUCAAAGGCUUUCGCAACGCCCCUGCAGGUGUCGGACACCGACUGAGAGGUAGUGCAAAUGCAGUGAGAAUAAGAGCUCCACAGAUUGGAGGUAGCUUUGCUGUAUGGGGAGGGCUCUUCUCCACAAUCGACUGUGGCCUAGUUCGCCUCAGAGGGAAAGAAGAUCCUUGGAACUCCAUAACAAGUGGUGCGCUGACUGGAGCUAUCCUGACAGCACGCAGUGGGCCCUUAGCUAUGAUGGGCUCUGCCAUGAUGGGGGGGAUUUUGCUCGCUCUCAUUGAGGGUUUUGGGAUCCUCCUUACCCGAUAUACAGCACAACAGUUUCAGAAUCCUAUUCCCUUUGUGGACGACCCCAGUCAGUUACCUCCGAGGGAAGGAGGUGAGCAGCAGCAGCAGCAGGGGGCAAAGCGUCAGUUUCAGUAGAGGGCAGUAAGGACUGAGACCAGCUGAGGACGCAGUGAGCCGGACCAGAGAGUAGGGAGUGUACCAAGAUACUACAGCAGGUAGCAGGACGGCUGGGAAGUGGAGAUACUGGUCCUUACAGCUGGGUUAAAUAGUUGCACCAUGUGCUAAUACCUCAGGGGCAAACUACUGUGAAUUUUAGUUAUUUAUGAGUGAAUGUCUGUAUGUGGACAGGGAUCCUUCUGACAAACCUCUUGUUUGCACCUCCAGCAUCUCAUGCCACAUUUUCUGUAUCGGUAGUAACUGUCUCAUUGUUUGUGACCUUUUUGGGUUAAAUAUGCAAUUCUGAAAUUUACAAAUAGAAUCUAUUUGAGUAUUCAACAUCUAAGGAGCUUUUAAUAAUCAAGCAUCCAAAGAUUUUUAUAAUUGUACGCGUUCAGUAAACAAUGGAGCCAUUGCUUAAAUGGCCGAAAAGUACAAAAGUGGUUGUGUGUGAGUAGUAAAGAAGAAGUGAUGUUUGAGACAUUACAACAUCACAUUUGUUCAGUGAGGUUUAACCAUGGAGAAUGGUAUUCCGCGAGUCCGUUGUCAAGUUUUAACAACAUGUCAGCUGAGACAAUCAGUGCAAUGUUUUUUAAAUUAUGAGUUUGCUUAAGAUGGUUCUAAGCUCAAAAAAAAAAAAAAUCCUCAUUCCUUUCUUUAUUUGAAGUUUCUCCUCCCCUGGCAGCUUUUGUACCUUUUGAAUCUUUGUCGAAAAAAGUACAUGAUCUUACGUACUGGAAUGGAUUAGCUCAAGUUAGUGUCUGCAAUACUGAAAAAUAAGGAUGAGUUCCUGGAAAAUUACAGCUUGAAUCACUUAUACUUAGCCAGUCAUCCCGCACCCCUUGUCACUUUGAUUGCUGGCAUAUCCACCAAGCACUUUUUAAACUCGGUCUCUCUGUUCUCUUUAAAAGGGGUACAAAGCAGAGAGAUGGUGCAGCAUGAUCCAGUGUUUUGCUGUCAAACAAAAAUGUAGAGAGAGUGUUUAUUUCAUGUAUUGUCUUAACAUAUUUAUUGUGCAGAAGUUGGAAAAAAAAACAAACAAUAAAGGCAUCAGAUGUUCU